AUGACUACCCAUAGCAAGAGUGGCAUUACCAAACCACGUCAACCUCUUUCUCUUCUCACUCAAACAGUUUCUACUCUUCCUUCUUCUCACAUAAAGGCUCUUGAGGAUCCCAACUGGCAUGGUGCCAUGAAUGCAGAAUACGAUGCUCAAAUUAAAAAGAGAACUUGGUCCUUGGUUCCUCAUCCCAAAUCUGUUAAUAUUGUGCGCUCAAUGUGGUUAUUUAGGCACAAACAUGAUGAAGAUGGGAAUCUCACUAGCUACAAGGCUUGCUUGGUCGCUAAUGGCAAGUGUCAAGAUGUUGGAUUUGAUUAUGAUGACACAUUCAGUCUCGUGUUCAAGCCAGCUAUGAUCCGAAUGGUGCUUUAUUUCGCCCUCUCCCACAACUAG